CCUCACACUCUCUCUACUAGUUCUUUUUUUUCUUCUGUACUAUUUGAAGCAGACAACAAAGUUCAAGUAAUUGAUUCCAUUCAUAAUCCUCUGUUUCCUCUGUUUUUUCCUCUGUUUCCUCUGUUUUUCUCUUUCAUCUUCAUAACUUGUUCUUUUUUUCAUAUAAAAAGAGUACCAACCAUACCAAUGGAGAAAUGGGAUAAACCUUCAAGAGAUAACAGAAAACAACACCAAAGAGAAAACCCUUCUUUCUCUUCAACACUUCUCGACGUAAUCUAUCGGUCGAUCGACGAAGGACAUCAUCAUAAAACAGAGGAAAAAGAAGAGAAACUGAUGUUCUACAAAGAAACAACAACCAUGAGGAAUCAAAAAUGUGUUGAAGCUGAAAAACCAAACUUUAGAAGAACAAAAAAAGUAGAGAAUUGGAUGGAGAAAAAGGGUGUUGAAAAAGUUGUAAUGGGAAGAAAAUCCUUAACAGAAUUUGAAACAAGAACAAGAAGCAAUAAUUCAAAAACACUCUCCAUGCAUUCAAGUUCAUCAUCUUCAGAAUCAAGUUCAGCUGGUGGAUUUUCAUCAUCAGAUUCAGAAUCAUUCUAUGGUUUGCAAAAACCAAAGCCAAUUAGAACAAGUGUUUCUGAAAAAACAACAAACAUUGAUGGUGUUCCAUUUCAUCAUAGUUACAAUAAAAACCAUUCUGUUCAAACUCAAAAACCCAAAAAUGAAAAUGGUUUUGGGAAAACAAAGUCCAAAGCUUUAAGAAUUUUAUAUGGUGAUUUGAAAAAAUCAAAGCAACCCAUUUCACCUGGUGCAAGACUUGCAAGUUUUCUGAAUUCACUUUUCACUUCAAGUGGAAAUACCAAAAAAUCAAAGGUAACAUCAUCAUCAUCAUCAUCAACAACUACUACAACAAAAACUACUACAAAUUCUGUUUUGGAGGCUAUGCAUGAUUCAAAAUCUACACAAGCUUCAACAUGUUCAUCAGUGUCAUCAUUUUCAAGGUCUUGUUUAAGCAAAACACCUUCUUCAAGAUCAGGUGCAAAAAGAUCAGUGAGGUUUUGUCCUGUUAGUGUUAUAGUGGAUGAAGAUUGUAGACCUUGUGGACACAAGAAUUUGCAUGAAGGUGAAAAGGGUUUGGUGGCAAAUAAUUCUUCAAUCUAUGAUGGAAAGAGAAGAAGUGAGGAACUAAGGUUGCAUGUGAUGCAAGAAAGUAGAAGGGUUGAAGAGUUAGCUAGAGAUUUAUUGAAGAAUUAUCAGAAAAAAAAUGGAAUGGAUUUUAAUAUGCAAUUUGAAAAUGAAGAAGAUGAUGAUGAUGAUGAUGGAGCUAGUUGUUCUAGUUCUGAUUUAUUUGAAUUGGAUAAUUUAUCAGUAAUUGGGAUUGAGAGGUAUAGAGAGGAAUUACCUGUGUAUGAAACAACUCAUUUCAAUCCUAGUAGAGGUAUUGCUAAUGGUUUCAUUAUGUAAUUUUGAGAAGAAAAAAAAAAGGGUUUUACUUUUUAAUUAGAGAAUUUAAUGGUGUGGGGGUUUACAUAAGAUAAUAAGAUUUCUCCUUCUUUUAUUUUUCUUUCA